AUGAUAACAACUUCAUAAUCUUCUAGUGAUUCUGAGGUUAAAAAAAGAGUAAAGGAAUAUAUAUGUGGAGAUUCCCUAUGUCGAAAGAAAUAUGGAACGAAUGCUGCUCUGUAUACUCACAUCAAAAAUAAACAUCUUGGAGUUACACCUGUAUGAAUUAAAUAGGAUGAUAGAGUGGAACAAAAAGACCAUCAUCAGAGUCUAUAAAAGGAAGGAAGGGGAGACCUUAGUAAUUAAAAGCCGAGAAUAAACAAUAGGAUAGUAUUACAGAGGAGAAAAUAAAGGUUGUUAAAAUAAUGAGUACUUAAUCAUUUCAAGAUUUCAUAUAUUUAAUUGGAUAGAUUGGAGAUCAUUUAUUAAUUAGAGAUUAAGAUGAAUAAUAUCGUUAUAUUUAGAUUGAAGAAUUAGAAAAAAUAAAGAAUGAUUGUGUAUUAUAGUAUUUAAUAAUGAUAGAUUGGGGAUCAAUUAUAAUUGCAAGAUUAACACAAAUAAUUUAUGAUUUAAUCAUCUCCCUUUUGGAAACCUGAAUACUUUUACUGUAUAUAUUAUUUUAUAAUAUUUUCCUUCAACAAAGGGUGUUUUUAAGGUAUUAAUUAAUAAAUAUUGAUGAGCUAAAAUAAAAGGUUGA